AUUUGUAUUUGUAUUUUUGUUUUCUAUUUGGGACAGGCAAUCCAGAUGUCUAAUGUGUCAUGUCACUAGAUGUCAUGUGACCUAAUCAGUGACUGAAGGAAUGCACGUGUUUUUUCUGUUUUAAUAAAAAUGCGCCAGUCAGAGCGACUGUGUGGUUGGUAAAGCCGUAUCUUCUCGUCUGUUAUUUAGCGUACUCUGUUAACAGGUUAUGGGCCCAGAGCAGAAUAGAAAACGUUUGGAGUGUUAAGACGCUGGGUAAAAGUCGCGACGGAUAUAGCGUGUACCCGAGUCUUUCAACAUGAGAAGAAGAGAAAAAGAAACCGUGACAAGCCGCUGGUCUCGAUUAGUCUUUGACGGAGACGAGAAAAACUACGAGCUAUGGGAGACAAAGUUUUUGGGCCAUCUUUAUUUGCAAGGACUGAAAGAGACUAUUUUAAGCGAGUCUUUUGAGGAAGACGAGGAAGAUACGGCGAAAAACGCCGAAGCCUAUGCAGAGCUGAUACAGUUCCUGGAUGACAAAAGUUUGUCGCUGGUUAUGAGGGAAGCAGCAGACGAUGGAAGAGCGGCAUUGAAGAUUCUUCGGGAAUAUUAUGCUGGCAAAGGAAAGCCUAGAGUAAUUAGCUUAUACACAGAGCUAACGUCAUUGCAAAAGUCGCACAGUGAGUGUGUUACUGAUUAUGUCAUCAGGGCUGAGACCGCAAUCACCGCUUUGAGGAACGCAGGUGUGGUACAAAAGGCCACAAAGCAAGGACAUGUCAGCGUAAACAGUGGUGUAGGCAGUGCAGAAGUACCACUCACCGCGACGCAACAUGCAGACGGGGAAAGCAGCGGGAUAACGCACAAAAAGUUUCCGCAGAGCCAAGUGACAGGGAGUAUGCUUUCCGGGCAAGCGACGCUGAAAUGCGGGUACAGAAUACCAAGAGGAAAGGCCUAAUGGUGGAUGCAGGUGCAACUUCACACAUCAUCACGGACAUCGAGAAGUUUCAGAGUUUUGACAGCAGUUUCCAGGCCAACACACACUGCGUGGAAUUGGCUGACGGCACUCGGUGCAACGGGGUCGCAAAGCACAGAGGAGACAAAGAGGUAUAUUUGGUUGACGGCACAGGACGGCGUGUCAAAGCAAUGCUAAGAAACGCGCUACACAUCCCAACAUAUCCACAGGACAUUUUCUCUGUGAAAGCAGCCACAUCGAAUGGAGCGACGGUGAUCUUCAAAGAAGGGAAGAACGUUCUGCUACAUAAGGACGGUACCAAAUUCCCCAUACAUGUGCACGACAAACUGUACUAUUUGCACACAAUAGACAAUGAAGGUGUUGAACAAUGUAAGAAGUGUUAUGAUUUGCAGACAUGGCAUGAAAUAUUAGGGCACUGCAAUCAUGGGGAUAUAAUUAAAUUGGAGGAAGUUGUUGACGGUAUGCAAA